AGUCCACCCGCUCUGGACUGGGCAGGCUCCCAAGUGGGGGAGAAAAGGGGUAAAACAAUUUCAAGAUGGCGGCGGUUGAGGCGCGGAUAACAAUGGGAAACGGGAGGUUUGGGUGGCUCUGGGCCUGAGCUAGAUUGGGGCAGGGGAGAGGAAGUCGUUGGCCGGUCACCAGGCCUGCAUCAGGAAGGCGGGCUCGGUCGGGUCGGACCAUAGUGGGGCGCCCCCCCCUGGAAAGGGUAGCGGUGACGGCAGAAGAAGAGGGAGAGUUGGGCUCAGAAGUGCCCGGUGUCCCUCGCCGCCAGCCAUGGCGGAGUGAAGAGCCGCCUGCGCCGGUGCUCUCGCUUUCGUCCUCGGCUCAUGGUUCUGCCUCCUUGCCCCAUGGCGGAGUUCGUGGUGUCGCAGCACAGCGCGGUGAUGGAGCGGCUCCGCCGGCGCAUCGAGCUUUGCCGGCGGCAUCACAGUGCCUGUGAGUCCCGCUACCAGGCCGUGUCCCCGGAGCGCCUGGAACUAGAGCGCCAGCAGACCUUCGCCCUUCACCAGCGCUGCUUGCAAGCUAAGGCCAAGCGAGCGGGGAAGCACCGCCAGCCGCCCCUUCCUCCCCCCACAGCGCCCCCUCCAACAGCUCCUUCGCAUCCGCCUUCCUCUGCUCCGGCCCCGGGGGCCGGGAGCUCUGCGUCUACCUCCACUUCUUCCGAUAGGCCUGGAGUCAACGGCCUGGACAGUGACACCGCGGGCGGUGAACAACAGCAACAGCACGGCCGUAGCAGCGCCCUCAUUGCGCAGCUUCAUGAAACUGUAAAAAGGAAACAUGAUAGUUCUGUUUCACCUCAAAAUGGCGACCAGCCAAAUGGCUUUGGGGACAUGUUUCCUGUGCCUAAGAAACUGUGUCAUGAUGAUAGUCUUGGUGGGUUGAGUGGCUCCUCCAAUGGAAUACCUCCUGUAUCACCUCUACACCAGCCUGACAGCAAACCUUCCAGUGGAGAAAAUUUGCAGCUUAAUGGAAAACAUUCCAUAGGCCUAGAUGGGAUAAGCAAAAAGGAUCUGCCAAAUUCUAGCCUUCAGUUGAAUGGAAGCAGUGAUGCUGAUGAUUCAUUUGCUAUGGUUAUUAAUAAAGAGCUCAAACAAGAACCAGAUGAUCUUCCUUGUAUGAUUACGGGACCAGGAAGUUCUAUAUCACAAAACAAUUUGAUGUCUGAUCUUAACCUUAAUGACCAAGAGUGGGAGGAGCUAAUGAAUGAACUUAACAGGUCAAUGCCUGAUGAGGAUAUGAAAGACCUAUUUACUGAAGACUUUGAGGAAAAGAAGGAUGCUGAUCCUUCAAAUUCAACUGCACAAACUCCUUUACCACAAGAUAUCAUUAUAAAGACUGAAUUUUCCCCAGCAGACUUUGAACAGGAACAGAUAGGAUCUCCACAAGUCAGAUCUACCUCUGCUGGCACAUUUAUUAGUACGUCUUCUGUCCCUGUUACUGCUGCUUCUCCAGCAGUUAAUAAUUCUCAAACAAUAUUUCAGCCUUCGAAUCAGUCCAUGUCUGAAAAUCCCAACCAGUCAAUGAUGCAAUCAUCAAGCCAGGCACAAAAUGUUCAGAGGCCUCUAUCUAAUUCAUUGUUAUCUGGACAAACUGCAGGGGGUGCCAAAGAGAUGUCAUCUGCUAAACAGCUGCAGCAAAUAGCUGCUAAGCAAAAGAGAGAUCAGUUGUUACAGAACCAACAGCAGGUCCAUCCAUCCAAUCAGAUUUCUAGCUGGCAGCAAUCUGGACCUUCUCACAGUCCAUUGGCUGUCCCAUACACUAUAGAAAAUCCAACUAGCCCUUCUGUUUACCAGCAGGACUUCAGUAACCAAAAACUCAUGAUACCCAAUAUGCCAAACAAGAGUUCUCCUAGGGCAGGAGGUAAUUAUCAUGGUGGAAAUAUGCUAAGCCAUCAGGCAAGCAACAUAAAUCAGAACUCAGCAUCUAAUCAAAACUCUGUGCUAGAUUAUGGGAAUACAAAACCUCUUUCACAUUACAAAGAAUGUGGGCAAGGAGUUACAGUGCCUGGACAAAACAAGUCUUCUAUGUUAGCAUACCUUCAGCAACAUCAGCAACCUACAUUGCCUCAUAUGAGUGAUGAGCAGGGUGGGUUAUUUGUAAUGAAGAAAUCUGGAAAUAUUGCUUAUAGGCCCUUAGUACCACACAGCCAG